AUGGGAUAUUAGGCUUAUUAACCACCAAUAGAUACAAAACAUUACAGUAACUUAGCAAUUGUAUUAACAUUUAUUGGAUUCUGUUUCCUAUCAUAUUUUGUUAUGUAAUUAUAACAUUAAACAUAUUAGCUACCAAAUUACAUAGAAUAAAUAAUAAAGAUCAUUAACCAAAGAAUUAUCAGUUGGCUUAUUUGCUUCAUUAUUUUUAUCCUCUGGGACACUAUUUAGUUUUUUAGCUUUGGGAUUGUAUUUUUGA